UCGAUGUUAAAAAGGGGUCCAGGUGGAGAAACAGCAGCAGGUGGGUCGAAAAUUCCACAGCUGUUUGGAUAUCUGUGCGGUCUCCUGCCUAAAAUUUAUUAAUUGUUGGGUGGACGCAAAAUGGAGUGUGUAUUUCAUGGUUGGAGUAAAGUAUUUUAGAACAGUUUGGCAUAUGUGUGUAAAACACAUUCGGAUUCCUUGUCAUUCGGAUUUUUCUGAAAAUUAAGACACAAGCAGCAUGGAAAAUGACCAGGAAGAGUUUGAACACAGACAUUUGCAGCACGCCCACCAUCCACGAGUUUCCAUGCCAUACGGAAAUGUCGGUCAGAAUCCAGACCAGGAGACCCAUGGCGGCCCUUCGUAUACUCUAUACUCCAUAUAUGAACAGCCGCGUGAUACUAUGGUCGGACAAGUCCUAUCUGAUAGUUACAUGCUAAUGGGCCCAUACAUGUCGACGCCCGAGUCGAUUAGUAGCCGUGCUACCACGUUCCAGUCUCACACACCGCCUUCCUUUACGGCCCUGGUGGCAUCACGUCGCGAAAUAGCUAGCACCAGCUAUAGGAACAGUUCUGGUCGCUGCGACAAAUGCAGUUCUCUCACAACUUUGUGCCGCUGUCAGGUGGUUUCACCUGCGGCCAGCACAAGUCGGUACGCAGACCAGGUGCAUUCCACUCAGACCCUGUCCCGAGAGUCACCGCAUCAGUUCUUUGAGCUCCCCUCAUCGUCGACAUCGACUGUGUCUAUGCCAACGACUACCGUAAACUCGAGUCCCGGGCUCAUUCCAAAUCCCAUACAACAAAAGACUGAAACACUAAGGGAGCAUUUGUCGUUGGAUCAGGACAAUGACAAUGCAAAUGCACAUGCACAUGGAGUGGUGGCCUCUGCCAACGGCACUUGGCCAGCUGCAGCCAUUGAAGACUACGCAAUGGAUGCCUCCGCAGUGGUUUACGAGAUGCCCUCCAGCUCGCUGCUGAGCAAUAGCCCCUUUGAGGCCAGCAGUAGCAAUAUUCCACCGAGCUCUGGCCUUGCCAGUGUCUACGAUGAUGUGACAUCCAGUGCUUCUGAUACAGAGCAUGUGCAGUUUGCCAACACCCGCACAACUAAUACGACUACAACCACGUCGGCCAUACAGGCUCAUAAAAAGAAGGCGAAUCAGGCAGCAAAUUGCUCCGCAAACGGGGAUGCUUCUUCCUCCUCUUUAGCCGCUGAAUUGGAUGCCACACCGAGCACAAGUGCGCAAGCUCGGCGACAGGCGACAAAUUUAUUCAAUAGCUUCCAACAGCCCCCAAACGUGUUGGAGCCUGAGAACGAUAGUAGCGGCGAUGGCUGGGAUCUUCGCAUGCGUAAUCCUCCUCCAUCGAAACCGUCUGAACCUGUUGUAAGGAGCAACAACACCAAAAAAAACCUGACUGACCGGCAUACAGAUCAUAACUACUACAAUAGUCGCAAAGAUGUGUCGAGGGCGCCUCCAGAUAGCACUUUUGUGUCCGCAGCUUCUUGCUCUACUGCUACACACACUACCUGCAGUAUGGAUUAUGGGUCUAGAGAUCUUUGCAGGGCUCAUCGACUGCGUCAGAGAUCAUCUGAGCCUGCUAUUGCUGUGUCUCCUCCUUCCACUACAUCGGAUCAAGAGCAAGAGGAGGUUCAGCAGCUGCAACAACCACAGAGACAAGAACAACCAGCCCACCGCAGCUCCUUUGGUUCCAAUGCGAACAGUGGUACUACUAGAAAUCGUGUGCGUUCCAUUGACGAGGUUGCGCCUCCACCCAGAAAACUCCCGCGCUUUGAGAUAGAAGGUGCAUCCUCUUCCAACUGCACCACAAAGCUCUCACCGACGAACUUUAAUUCCUUUUUGCCAGGAAGGACAAGGCAUCCCACCUAUGCCGAGCCCGCGAAUAGUUCCUUACAGCAGACUUCAGCACAGACGCAGCAGCCUUUGAACGGAUCUUGCGUAAUUACCUAUGUGGGUAGACCAAGAGAGAGGCAGUCGCCUGCCGAUACACAGAAUCAGCCUUCUACUUCGACGGGAAGGCGAAACAAUUUGAACCGCGGUGAUGUUGUGCUCACUGCUCCAGAUCUGCAACUUGACGAUUGGUCCUCAGACUCAAAUGAUGAUGAUGUGGUCUUUGUGCACUCGACACGAGAGCCAAUACUCUCGAUUGAUUUGACAUCUGAUGAUGACGCCGCCGUUAAUGAAACACAACAGCAGCGAGCACGGGAAUGGGCACGGGAACAGGAGCAUGUGUGGGAACAGCCAAAUUCAGCCAUUGGGCUUCCCGCGGUCAGUGGCUCUGAAGAAAGACGUCCAAUUUUUAACUAUGCCUACUCCAUUCCAUAUCCUCGAAGGGACCGCCGGACAGAGCCGAGCAAUGCUGGCACCUCAUUUGCCUUCUAUAGCGGAGGUCUGCCGGAUCGAACGGCCAUUACGGAUCACAACUACAGCUACGAUCAUAAUCAUACACAAACACCCGCUACGAUGAUGGAAGAGCCCGGUCCUGCAUCAAGUAACUAUUUUACGCGUCAAGGUCAAGGUCAAGGAUGCACGCCUCGGUGUCCUACCUUGGACUCGCAGCGGUACUUUCAGCCGAUCACUCCUCCAUCCAUGUGGCUCUUUGGAGCAGCGCCAGAGACCACCCCCACAGAGGGUUACAGUCGCAUGCCCAGAACCGCCCCCACUACGACUUCUGGCUCCGAACAAUCGGGUCAGCAGUCACGACGCAGACGGACAAGUCCAGCAAACGUCUACCACCGUUAUCAGCCGUAUUACGUGCCCCACUAUGCGAUUACUCCACUACCCACUGUUAUGGAAGCAGUGUAUUCGCCCACCCAUCCCCAUGGUCCGCCACAUGGUCCUCCAAAUCCGCAUCCACACUAUCAAGGCGGUCAAGGUGGGAGCAGUCGGAGCUCGUUAAGUGGCGCUAUGAGUGCUGCAGCUGUGGCGGCAACAGCGGCUGCGGCACAGGCUCAAUCCUUUAACGAGCUCUUGUCUCUGGCUAGUGCUCACAAUGAGGCAGAAACAAACGUAAAUAAUCGAUUAGACAGAGGCCAAUCACCUCACCCAGUCGUGCCCCGAGCCCAUCCCGUGGCCCAUACUAUUAAUGCCCCCACUGUCGGUCUGGUUAGCCAACCACCGCCUGUGGCAACGACUAAUGGUACUCUGGCAGCUGCCGGUGUCUCGCCUCCUCCACCGCUGGAAAUGUAUUCGGGUCGAUCCACCAUACCAUACUGCGGCUCCCCGCCCUUUAGUGUGCGACGUUCGGAGGCCGCGUACAGCAAUCGGCAGCACUAUCAGCCGCAGCCGCAUCAAGGUCACCAGGCUCCCCAAAAUCAAAUGCAUGCUCACAUUCAUCCCCCUCAUCGCGCAAGUGCCAUUGUAGCCACUUCGCUGACUCCGGCUCCGCCAUAUCCGGUACAUCAAAAUCUGUGGUAUCGCCAGCAGAGCAUGCAGGAAAUGCAUCGUCGCCACAUGACGCCCACACCCAUUGAUCUCUCGUCGAAUGCCCCCAUUUUGACCAGCAGUCUGCGGACACGCUACCUCCAUAGCAUUUGCAAUUGCGUGCAUGCUAGGAAUGGCCCCGUCUCUAGCUUGGAUCCGGCCUACUAUCCUCCCUAUGAUGGCAAUGCAAACGCUGCUGCUCCGUCCCAGCAGAUUCCUUCUAGUGGUGGCCAGGCUACGUCCGUAUCUGCUGCGCAGCCACAGCACUCUCAAUCGAACAUGCGACACAUCCAAGUGCAACACCAGCAGCCUCAGGCCCAACAGCAGUCUCCGCCGGUCCUGCAGCAUCUACAGCGUCAACGAGCAAUCCAUCAUCAUAUGUUCCAUCAUCAUUACUCGCCUUUGCAUUUGGAAAUUGGACUUGCAACACCACUGUCGCUCGGCUCACGGAUACUGAUUGGAGCACCACGCCCAAACCGUGGGGCAUCUUUGGAAACAAUUGAACGAAAUACCUUGCCCCACAAAUACCGGCGUGUGCGUCGGCCUAGCGAAUCAGACGAGGACGCGGAGAAGUGUGCCAUAUGCUUGUCUCUGUUCGAGAUUGAGAAUGAUGUGCGCCGCCUUCCUUGUAUGCAUCUUUUUCAUACCGAUUGUGUUGAUCAAUGGUUAGUCACCAAUAAACACUGCCCGAUUUGUCGUGUCGACAUUGAAACCCACAUGGCGAAUGACGCACUCAACUCCAGUGGGGUCACUGAUGCCGCCAAUGCCGCCGCCUUAUGACAUUGUGUGCAUGGAAUCUUCAUGUAAAACCUUUGGACUGAGUUCGCGAGGGCUAACUAACAUCGUUAUAUAAACUAAUUAGAUAACCUUUGAAACACACGCUUUAAAAUUUUUAAAUCCCCGCCCCACGAUACUUGAAGAAGGCGAAAGACUAAUCAAAUUUUCAGUGUUGCGUUUGAAUAUCAAAAAGCUAAGUUUGUUUGGCUCAACUCUCCCCCUUAUACAUAUAUAGUGUAUAAUUGUCUUAAGUGUUUUGGCGUAUAAUUUCCUAUAAAUAUGUACAAAUUGUCCACGUUCUGUGAAAAAAAUUCUUGUGAUAAGAAUUUCAUAAAUGCUUAAAUUGUUAUAGCAUAGAACCUCCCAUAAUGGGAAAUAAUUUUUAUUUUGCCCAUGCCCAUGCUGUUGUUAUAUUUUUAAUUCCCAUAAUUACAAUUGUUUUUAAAAGCACCAUUGCAAGCCGAUAAAACUCUAUAUUGUUAGCAGUAAAAUGUUUAUGAUAGAGCAUUUGAAUAUUUAAGAUAUGUAUCCCAAAAUGACAAACGAUUAUGAUUUAGUAAAAUAUUGUUUAACUUAACGAUUUCCAAAAUGGUCACUUAUUUUUUUACGUUUUUAAUUAAAUUAUAAAUUUCUCGUUAACUUGACCCGAUAUAAAACUGAUUCACUGCUCAAAAUCUUAUAUCGUGCCAUAUAAGUGAUUUUGAUUCCGUACAGUUUAAAAGAGCUUGAGUAAGAAACAUUUGCUAUGUUUCAGACCUUGUAUAAUUGACUUAUGAUACCACUUAAGAAAUUAUGCUAAAAGUGGUCAAAGCUUCAAUGUUUUCAAUU